GAUUUACCUAUUCAAAAAAUAUAUAAUAAUUAAAUUAAUUAAAGUUUAAUACCAACAACAUAGUAAAGCUAUUGGGCAAUGUGUUACAAGACCAACUGAAAACGCCACCUGGAAAAAGCUUCCCCAUGCAUGAUUUCAUGGAAAUGGUUGGGAGAAGUCAAAGAGGGUAUCAAUGGAUGUAUUGUUAAUUUGUUCGUGCAAAUAUGUUAAAGGGAGACAAUUAUGACGAGUGGGCAUCUGAUAUUCAAACCGCUCUUAAAGCUAGAAGAAAAUUUGGUUUCUUAAAUGGAACAAUCACUUCUCCUGUCUUGCCUUACACACAAGACGAUUGGAACACCUUACACGCUAUGUUGAUCUCUUGGCUUAUGAACACGAUUGAUCCAGAGGUCAAGAGUACUCUAUCCAAAUACAAGGAUGCUAAGCGUCUUUGGGAUACUCUUAAAUCCAGAUUUGCUAUGGUUAAUGGUCCGCGUAUCCAACAAAUAAAGUCAGCUAUUUCCCAAUUUGAGCAAACAAAAACGAUGUCAGUUGCUACCUAUUUUGGCAAAUUGACAGCGUUAUGGGAAGAACUUAAUACUUAUGAACCAUUGAUUACAUGUUCUUGUUGCAAAGAUUGUACUGCUGGACAAGAACAUGAGAAAAGGCGUGACAAUAACAGGCUUCACCAAUUUCUCAUGGGCCUGUAUACCGAUUAUCAUGCUCAAACCCGUGCAAAUAUUCUUUCACAAGAUCCUUUACCGUCCCUUGAUCGAGCAUAUCAGUUGGUUGUUCAAGAUGAACGUGUUCGACUCGCCAAGGGAGUUCCAGACGACAAGCCUCUUGAUGCAGUGGGCUUUGCUGUUCGUUCCUCCUCAAACAAAGCUACACAGGAAGCCUCGGAUGGCCAAAAAGAUAGAAUAGACAAAUCUCUUCUUGUUUGUACUCAUUGCAAGAAAAGAGGUCACGUGAUUUCAGGGUGUUUCGAGCUUAUUGGGUACCCUGAUUGGUGGCCUGGUUCGUCCAAGGUGCAGGGAGGAGGAUCAGGACGUGGUAAACCACACCCUCAAGGCAGAGGCAAGCCUCCUGCUCGAGCAAAUGCGGCUGCAGCAGGUAGCCGUGGGUCAAGCAACAACAGUUCAACACCGGCAGCAUCUUCUUCGGUUUCCUCUUCUGUCUUUUCGGCUGAACAAUGGAAGGCACUUGCGGGUUUUAUUGGUAAUACCAAAAUUCCCGAUGAUAGAUUGAAUGGACCGAUCGAGGGAGCUGAUUGGGACGAGUGUUAGGCGGGAUGGACUUUUCUACUUCAAGGGUGCGGGUCCAGUACAACAUAUCUCUGUCAAUGCGGUCUCUUCAACUUUGGCCUUAUGGCACAAAAGAAUGGGGCAUCCUUCGGAAAGAGUAGUAAAGCUUCUCCCUCCUGUUGGCAAUUGUAAGGGUAGUUUAAAUAAACCAUGUGAGAUUUGCUUUCGUGCUAAACACCCUAGAAAUAAAUUUACUUUAAGUGACAAUAAGGCAAUUUUUGAGAAAGUACAUUGUGAUUUAUGGGAACCGUAUAGACAUCCAUCCUCUUGUGGUGCUCGAUAUUUUUUAACCAUUGUGGAUGAUUUUUCUUCUGCCGUAUGGAUUUAUUUGUUGCUUG